UUAAAACUCUUUGAAAUUCGCAGUCACUUACAGUUUGACAUCAGCAGAAACCCUAUUAAACUCAUUUUUAAUAAUUUAGGAUUAUUAAACAUGGAGACGGUUCCCAUACACACACGUCAAUCUAGAAGCGACCAGAGGAAAACGAUAGCAGUGGUGGGAGGCGGUUUGGUUGGAGCUUUGAACGUCUGCUUCUUCGCAAAACGAGGUUUUGACGUUACACUGUAUGAAUCUCGAGAAGAUAUUCGUCAAGCCAAAGUCGUGAGGGGUCGAAGCAUAAACUUGGCCCUGUCCCAUAGGGGGCGCCAAGCCUUAAAGCAUGUGGGAAUAGAAGAUAAGAUAGUCUCCAAAGGCAUUCCAAUGCAUGCUCGUAUGAUCCACAAUGUGAACGGAAAGCGUUCCUCUAUACCCUACGGCAAGAAAGGACAGUACAUUCUGUCCGUAGACAGAGCAAACCUCAACAAAGAGCUGCUGACAGCGGCAGAGGCGUAUCCAAACACUACAUUGAACUUCAGUCACAAACUGCACGACUGGAGUCCAGAGAAAGGAACAAUGACCUUUUUUGGACCCGAUGGCCAGAAAAAGGAGACCCAGGCAGAUCUGAUGGUGGGAUGCGAUGGUGCUUUCUCCGCUGUCAGAAAGCAGUUCCUGCGACAAAGCCGCUUCAAUUAUAGCCAGACGUAUAUUCCUCAUGGGUACAUGGAGCUCACCAUGCCCCCCAAAGAUGGAGAUUUUGCAAUGGAGCCCAAUUAUUUGCACAUUUGGCCCAGAAACACUUUCAUGAUGAUCGCCCUGCCUAACUUGGACAAGACGUUCACGUGCACCCUCUUCAUGCCCUUUGAGGAGUUUGACAAGAUUCGUUCCGGUGAUGAGGUCAUUCGGUUUUUCCAGAUAUACUUCCCUGACUCAGUUCCUCUAAUAGGCGUUGAGGCUCUAAAGAGGGAUUUCUUCAGAUUGCCGGCUCAGGCUAUGGUCUCAGUGAAAUGUACGCCGUAUCAUCUGCUUGAUAAAUGCGUCCUGAUGGGAGAUGCCGCUCACGCCGUGGUUCCGUUCUAUGGUCAAGGCAUGAAUGCAGGCUUUGAGGAUUGUUUAGUAUUUGAUGAGAUUAUGGACCAACUAAAUGAAAACUUUGCCGCUGUUCUCCAGGAGUACACCAGAGUCCGUGUACCUGAUGAUCAUGCUAUCUGUGACCUCGCCAUGUACAACUAUGUUGAGAUGAGAGCGCACGUAAACUCCAACUAUUUCUUGUUCCGGAAGUACCUGGACAAUGUUCUUCACUUCAUCAUGCCGAAAACAAUCAUUCCCCUUUACACAAUGGUCACAUUCAGCAGGACACGAUACCAUGAAGCUGUAAAGCGCUGGCAUUGGCAGAAUAAGGUGAUCACUCGAGGUCUGUGGCUGUGUGCGAUUGCGUCCACUGCAGGCGGGACGUUUCUCUUCAUCAGAUACUCUAAAAAACUCCCCAGCAUCACCGCAGAGCAGCUGUGGACGCGUUUACUUGCUUUAAAGGAAUUCUAGGAGGAUCACAACGCACAGGAAACCAACGAUGAGCCAAUUUACUUUGAUACAGGAUACAAAAAGAUCAAAUUUAAAGUCCUUAAUAGAAUACAUAAAUACUAAUUAAGCUCUAUCAACAGCAUUUGUGACAUAUACUCUUAAAAAUAAAAGGGGCCUAAAAGGUUCUUCACAGUGAAAAAAAAAAAGAAGAACCAUUAUUGGUUCCUCAAAGACCAACUAUCUAGUUUGAAGAACUAUCUUUUUACAAUCUCAAGAACCUUUUUCUCUACAAAUAACUUUUUGUGAAUCAGAAAUGUUUUUCAGAUGUAGAAGGUUCUUUAUGGAACCAUUCAGCCAAAAAUUGUUCUUCUAUGGCAUCAUGAAGCAUCUUUAUUUUAAAUAAUUUAAUGUUGGUUAUCACAGACAAAAUGAAUUAAAAUGGGGUUUAAAGCAGAAAGGUAAACAAGAUUCUUAAAAACAAAGAUGCUGUUUUUCCAGCAUUUAAAGGGGUCACAUCAUAAAAAUCAGAUUUUUUUCAAGUGCUAUAAUUGGGUCUCAAUCAACCUUGAAAAAACAACAACCCAGUAAAUUAGUUUUGGUAAACCAUUGCAAGAAUGUGAAAAAAUAGGUCAUUCAGAUUUCGACUAUUUUGUCACGUAGGUAGCAAGUCUUAUUACAAUAAUACUUUCUUAAUCUGCACUGUCCAUCCACAGCACUGCCAUUUAGUGCAGAGAGAAAGAGAAAAAAUCAUUAACAGCAAAGGCUUUAUGCCCAGCUGCACUACUUCCUGAACUUCAGCCAGCUCCUUGUUUCCUGUCUGCCAUUAUUGGACAAACUGAUUAAUCCAGGUGUGCCUGACCUCAGUAGUCACAACAACAAUAAUCAGACACACCUGGAUGAAUCAGUUUGUCCAAUAAUGGCAGACAGGAAACAAGGAGCUGGGUGAAGUUUAGGAAGUAGUGCAGCUGGGCAUAAAGCCUAUUGAGUUUCAAUUUCAACAAACCACCAUCAUUGUGAUCAAUGUUUGCAUCAGCUCAUUUGCAUUUUAAAGGACACACCCACAAACUGCACAUUUUUAUGUUUUUUUAUGUUUUACCAUACUGUAAAGACGUACUUUAGAUUACUAAAUAAAUUAUUAUGUUUGUCACAAAUGCUGUUGAUCUUAUAUUGAGCUUGUACUGAACCUAAAAUAAGCUUUAAAUAUCACCGAUUUGAAUGACAGCAAAUCAGAUCUGCAUUUACUCAUCACAUCUGUAUGGGGGUUUUGUAAUUCAGGGAUUUUAAACCAAGCACACUGUAAAUAAUUUCUUUAAUUUAAAAUGUAAAUGUUUUUGUACUGUCUAUUUACAGUUCAAAAUAUUGCAGAAUAAAAUUUGUUUGUAACAGCA